AUGAGUUCUAAGUACAAAUCGCCACUAAUAAGGUCCAGGGAUACAUCUGCAACUUCAGACAACCCAUCGCCUUUUCAAAAUGUAGAAUCGCCGUCGAACCCAAUUAACAAAACAUUAAAGGAUAACAUUUUGUUGUAUGACAACACUCCUCAACAAUCACCUGUCGAACAGAAUUGGCGAGGACGAGGUUGUAGUUCACCGAGAUUUAAUAGUCCACGAUCCAGAGGGAGAGGAUCACCGUACCAAUGGACUCCCAACAGAUUUAACAACAGCAGCAGUUCAGAUCAUAACAAUUCAUAUGGUUAUACACCAAGAGAACAAAAUAGUCAUUCCCCAUACAGACCACAAUUUAACAGAUAUAAAAAUCAAAAUGCUAACAGUGGUCGAAAGUGGAUUAAUGAUAACAGUGAUGAAAGCUACUUCCAUCCAUCAAUGUUGGAAGAUCCGUGGGCAUCAUUGUUAAAUAAUACAGAGAGUUAA